AUGGGCCCUCGUGAGAUUCUAGACAUGCUCCUCGAAGGAGAUGAAGGUCUCAGAUACCUGAAUACCAACCGGAACAAGGCUCAAGCCGUCCAGCCUGCCCAGGUUUCGGAUGGAGGUGACCCGGUAGCUGAGCCUGAGAAAGCUGAACAAGGAGUAAGUGGAUACGCUUUCCCCGAUGAUUUUGAGCCGGAGAAGGGUAUGAAAUACCCGAAGAGUGGCCAAUUCCCCUUGUCGUACAUCCGUACCCAUGUUGUUGGAGUGCUAUCUGAGUCGGAAGACAAUUUGACCGGCAUCGACCAGGAUGAUCGUGACCCGUCUCGUACUGACAUCGACCAUGAUACCUCGGACGAGCUCAACGAUAAACACGGCAGUGUUUCUAACGAGAAGCCGGUCACUGCGAUCCAGUCUACGUCGUCCUACAUUCCGGCCACCACCAUGGCCCGCUUCCCUUUCAAGUAUCUCUAUGGAGACGAAUUCAAGAGAGUUAAUGAGCGGUUCUAUGAGCGUCAAAAGUUCUGGAAUCGGACUUGGGAUCUUUAUUACCUAUCUGUCCCACUGGCAAUUUCUUCAGCCUCAUUGCCUCUGGUUCCGACUUUCCAAGCUCAAGCCCUGAUCGACGAAAUCAAUUCGGCUCUGAACAUCACAUUGACUCUCGCUGACAAGAAAGGCCUUGUGAUGGAAUUCAACAACGAGAUGCUGCCGCGGCCUGUGUUUCUCGGCCGAAGCAGCACCCCUGGUCAGAAGGAAGACUUGUACUGUCGUAUUCCCCCGGGUCCGGAAAACUGGGGACCUUGGACAAGGCUGCUCCAGCCUGGUGUCAUCGAAGAAUUCGAAAAGAAAAUCAAGCAGUCAAUCGACACAACCAAGACUAAAAAACAACGCAAGAAGGCGUCCCACAAUGCGCAGAUGAAGAUGUGGGAGGACUGCCUAUGUCGCGCGCAAGCCUACUUUGGGCUGCGUCCCCCGUUUAAGUCGAAUGUUCCACAGCCAUCGUUUGACAAAGGCCAGAUUGCUGCGGUUGAUGUUCUGAAACCUGCCAAAUGGGCCUUUCAGGAUGCUCCCAUCUUCAUCAGCAUUGAUCUCGAGUGGAUGGACACUCACGGAUAUCUGACUGAGGUUGGAAUUUCGACCCUGGAUAUGAUGGAUCUGCAAGGUGUGGUUCCUGGUGAUUAUGGUCAUAUGUGGAUGAGCCAAGUCCGGUCCCGCCACCUGCGUGUCGCAGAGUACCGAAAAUGGGUCAACUCAACUUUCAGCACUGGAUGUCCUGGUAGUUUCCGAUUCGGCAAAAGCGAGAUGGUUCCAAGGGGCGACGUUGGGAAGGUUGUUGAUACCGCAUUCCAUCCCCCAUACAUGGUUCCCAUGGAGGAUGAAGUGGUCCCCUCAUACAAGAAUCAGAAACGCACUGUGAUCUUGGUCGGCCUCGACCUCCAGGGUGAUAUUAUGCGUCUCCAGAAUGCAGGAAGCCAAGUUUUCAUCCACAAGAAUGGACACUCUUCAGUCAUUCGUGAGACUUUCGAUGUGGCAGAGCUGCACCGUGUUGUGACUGGGGAGGCCCAGAAGCGAGGCCUUCGAGCACUGCUGGGAAUAUUGAAUAUCCUAAGUCCUGACUUGCACAAUGCGGGAAACGAUGCACACUACACCUUGCAUGCUCUUGUGCGAAUGAUGCUGAGAGUGGCUGGGGAGAGGCCGUGGGGAUACGAGAGGGCUGGAGUCAGCGAGAAAUCUAAGUCCAGGCCCAGUGAUGCGCCUAAGGUCAAGAUCGAUCCUAACGAUAUGCCGAAAUUUGAAUCUAUGGUUCCAACCUGUGAAGAGGCUGUCGACAGCACCGACGAUGCCGCUGUGUGGAGUCAUUAA